CCUUGAUGGCAACUCUAUAUAUUGUCUUCGAGCUGGAUGAUUUGAAAAUCUAUUUGAUUUGCCACAUGACUUGUUGGAUUGCCGUGUUGUAUUGGUUAAGUUGUUGAGAUUGUCGGUAUCGAUCUUCAGUCUCCUGUAUUCUGCUGUUUGUUAUCAUGGCGAAAAUGACCCGAUUUACAUCUUGAAUCAAUUUUUAUGAGAAAUGAUUUCAAUUAUUUCAGUUUGAUUCUGUUCGGUUCAAUUAUGAAUGAAUUAUGUUCCUCGGAACAUUGAGGAAUUUAACUCGAAUAAAUUGAAUAAUCUUAUUUAGUGGUUAAUUUCAAACGAAUUGAACUGUGUAAAUCUCAUUGAUUUUGGUACGGUAUCAAUUUUAACGUAAAUCAAAUAUAUCUUGUAUCUAUUGGGAUUAAAAAAAAAAAAAAACCUUUUGCCUCGGUUGGAAUUUUUGAUGAUAUUACUGUUCUGUUCUUUAUUCUAUGGAAUGCCUUGGUCGUGUGUAUUUUCCUUUUAUGUGAAAGCUCAUGCCUGAAAACCAGAUACUCUCCAGUUCUAAACUCUUGGAUCGGAAGAAUCCGAUCUUGCACUCUUGAGACGAACACAAUAUAGUGUCCAGUCGGGUUUAGUUCCGAAGAACAGGCUAGGACUUCUUCCCCUCGCAUCCCCCCUUUUGAAACAAUCAAUGAUCAGCAUCGACAAGAAGAAGAGCUCUUUUAUUGUUGAAAAAAAAAAAAAACCGUUGGAUUCCAAGCCACCCGUGGCCCUAAAGAAUCGGAUUAUAAGAUCGAAAUCUCAAACCAAAUAUUCCUUAACUGCCCAAUUUCUAUUUACCUGUCCUCCACCCUUUCUUCCUCGUCUACUGAUGCAUUUGUUGAUUGAUGACGCCGAAAGGAGGGCUGAGCCAAGCGUGCGGUGCGUGCAAGUUCCAACGCAGGAAGUGCACCCUUGACUGCCUGCUUGCCCCGUACUUCCCUGCUGACAAACCCGAGGUGUUCAAGAACGUGCACCGGCUCUUCGGUGUGAAAAAGAUCGUCAAGACGCUUGAGAUAAUCAAGGACCCGUUCCAGAGGGCCGAGUUCAUGACCUCUAUGAUCUACCAGGCCAACAUGCGUGAGAUGUUCCCAGUCCUCGGCUGCUGCCAUGUCAUCGACCUCUACUACUCCCAGAUUAGCCUCCUCGAGGAGGAGCUCCAUUCUGUCUACUCCCAGCUCGACUACUACCACUCCCGUCAUGACAAUCAGGUCAUGACUACAUUGCGUGCCAUCACUGUCCCGUCCUGCCUUGAUCCCAAGGAUACCAUUCCAAACCCUUCGUUGUGGAUACGAAGUCCACACACAAACAGUGACAUUGACCACAAGAAGAACGAUGACAGCUUCCCAGCUGUUCAUCCCCAGUUUGCGGGCACCACCACAGCCCCGCAGUCACUCAUGGCAAUGCAUCAACAGACCAUUCAGGAUUACAAGGAUAUGAAGUCCUCGUCGAAGUCCAUAGGCAACGAGCAGUUGUCCGUCCACUCAAAAGGAUGUCUCCAAAUCAAGUUUGGAAUCAACGCUGAAAGACACGAUGCAGUUCAUGGGGCAUGUAGCCGAGAAAGAUCUAAAGGGUGCUACCGCAUGCUUCAGUCUGACUAGCGUCAAGUGAUCCAGAAAGUAUACAAUUUUGCAGUUCUUCAGUUUCGAUUCUCUAACACAGUUAGAUUAUAUUCCUUUGUCUCGUACAGCCGUACGUACUCAGCUUACAUAUCAGUCUAGCUGAACUUCAAAUGUCUUGUCAAUUUACAAUGAAGGGAGAUGGCCAUAAUAUUCCCAAUGCAAACUCUGUUUUUUGAACUAAA